AUGGAGGCCUCAGAAAUAGCGGAUUGUCAUCCCGCAACUGCUAUAGAGACAUUUAAACUCGCGAUGAUUCAGGGGACGAAGUUCUACACUUCCUUAGUCAAGUAUUCUCCUCCCGACAUGCAGACUCUAAAUGCCAGGGCCCAGAUCUAUAUUCGGCUUAAGGAAAAUAUAGCCCACCGAGCGCAGCACGCCACCCUCGUGACAGUGGAAAACAAGCCUCGAGAAAGAGUUCCAACUCCAAAGAUUCAAAAAAGCCAACGUUCCUCAACGCCGGUCACCCACGCACCUGAAAAGAAACAAAGGGUAGAAGAAGGAUUUACACCUCUCCGAACUACCUCGGCUCGGCUCUUCCAAGAGAAUAAGACGAAGUUCACAACUCCGCAGCCAAUAAAAUCCCUCAGGCGACAGGUAGAGAAUAUGAUCGCCAGAGGUGAGUUGACGGAUUACCUCAUGACAAAGGAGUAUACAAAGCCCUGCGAGGUCUAUCCCAGCAAGGUCAAAGGUACGCAAGUAAAAGUCAUCCAUGCAAUACAUGGCAAGUCUGAAGAUGAUCAAGAGUCCAGGGAGGUGUACAGAUCCAGACUGAGGGCGACCCACAAGCUCAGGAAGAUAUCCUCAGUCAAUGCUAUCAAUUUGGGAAGCAUCAGUAUUGGAUUCGGAGAUGGCGACCUAUCCAGAGUGCAACUCCCCCACGAGGAUCCAUUGGUCAUCAGUAUUUUAGUGGCCAAUUGUAUGAUCAGGAGGGUUUUGGUAGAUCCAGGAAGUAGCACCAACAUAAUCACAAAGACGGUCUUUGAUCAGUUAGAGAUCCCGUCAUCAUCAAUUCGACCUACCUCCAGCCCGUUGAUGGGAUUCAAUGGCACAAGAGUAGAUCCCCUUGGAGUAAUAGACUUAUCUAUAACCACGGCGAAAAUGACUCUGAAGGAGAACUUUGUUUUAACAGAGAUCCAUCAUUCUUACAAUCUCAUUAUGGGAAGAGGCUGGAUACAUCGGAUGAGAGGAGUUCCGUCCCUUCACCAGGUGAUGCGGUGCUUAUCUCUGGACGGAAAAGAAGUAAUUAAUCUGUGGGGCGAUCAAGUCGCAGCGAAUGAAUGCUAUAUGUUGACACUAGUUGAAGCGAAGAGGGUGUCGACUCAACAACAACCAGAGGAGGAAGAGGAAAUUGCGAAGCCCACCAAGGAGACCCUCGAAGCCGUAGAAGUUAUCCUCGGCGACCCUCAGAAGGUUACUUAUCUAGGCUCUUCUUCCACAUCCGAAGAAAAUGAGGCAUUAAUUGAGGUUAUCCAGAGCAAUACAGAUGCCUUUACGUGGGAUCACUCGGACAUAGUAGGGAUCGAUCCCUUAGUUUCCUGCCAUAGUUUGAAGGUGGAUCUGGAGUUCAAACCGGUUAAGCAGAAACACCGAAGGUUUACCCUUAAACGCAAUCACAUUAUAGCUGAAGAAGUGAGCAAAUUGUUGCAAGCAGGUUUCAUUCGAGAAGUGCAAUAUCCACAGUGGUUGUCAAACGUGGUGGUCGUAUAA